AUGGUACACCUUGUGGCUGUACCAGAGACAAUCACGGCAAGUGGCUGUGCUUGUGUCUUUAUCGACACCAUCUUCCGACUUCAUGGGUUGCCCCGUGAACUCGUAUCAGACAGAGAUCCACGAAUCACUGCUGAUUUCUGGCGUUCCGUGUUCAAAUCACUCGGAACGCGCUUGAAGAUGUCGACAUCUGAUCAUCCAGAGUCAGAUGGUCAGACGGAACGUGCCAAUCGUGUCCUUGAAGAGAUACUUCGAGGAUACGUACACUCCUUUAAGAGUUGGAGUGAGUUCUUGCCAAUGGUAGAGUUUGCCAUCAACAACUCGGUGCAUGCGUCCACGACACAUACACCGUUUUACGUGAAUGGCUUGCGCCAUCCGCGUGUACCCACCUUACUAGAGUGUGACUAUGGUUUAAGGGGGGGAGGGACUCGCGCGAGCAAAAACCGAAUUGGUUCACGCUCAUCACGCUCUAACGAAGAAGUCAUUGCGUUUGAUGCCGAUAUCGAUAACAUCGAUAUCGAAGAAGAUGAUGCCAGUGAGAGUGCGGAAGCCCUCACUGAAGACAAUGAUCCCAGUGAGAGUGCGGAAGCCCUCACUGAAGAAAAGGUUGAUGUUGCUGCAGUGCGCUCACAGCGCACUGAAGCUAACGAGUAUCAGAUGAGUUCAUACUGGCUCGUGAAACGGUUGUCCGUUUUGUGCAAGACUCCAUCGCCGAAGCGGUGGAUAAGCAAAAGCAAAACGCUGAGAAUGAAAGGGCAAACACUCUUUUAUUUAUAA